AUGAGGAAGAGGUGCUGGAGAUAUGAGGAGAGGGAAAGGUAUGAAACAGUUACCUAUGAAUGGACUGGGCGAUUGCCAGUUCGUGCAAACUUUGCCGCUGAAGAGCGGGAAACACGGUCCACAGCGGUGGUCUGCGGCUGCGCGGAGGCUCCGCGGGCGGCGAGGGCUGGGGUUGAGCCGCCAGACUCCGCGUGGCCUCUGCGCCCCCAGCUGCGUUUCUCGCUGCUCGCGGAAGGUUCUGGACGUUUGGGCUCAGCUGGCAGGCCUUCUGAUCUGAGUUACGAAGUUGCGACUGCCCUAGAAAAUCAAAGCCAUAAGAUUCGGUAUUCAGAUUCAGUGGAAAAUGGAUCAAUUAUAUUUUCUCUUUCUGGAGUUGCAUUUUUAUUGAUGGAUGCUAAAGAAUGCUUUAUGUCAGCUGAAGAAAUAUUUCUGGCCAAAAUUGAGAACUUUGUUAACAUUCACCAAAAUAGUUUUUUGGUUCUGUCUGCGGCCUUCCAUGGGCCUGAGGAAUGGAAACUGAUGUUUAGGAUUCAGCAGAGAUUCCUGGGUAGUAACUUACGGAUACUUCCAGUACACAACCCAGUAAAUGCUAUUAAUCUUAUGUGUACUAUAGCUAAGAUUACCUCCAAACCAAACAUAGACAGCAUCUGCUACAGAAUGAUAACAACUAAAGCUUACAUCAUUGAGCAAAGUCCUGUUUGGAAGACACUUCAAAAGAUAAAACUGAGUAGUGAUUCAUUUAACCCAACUUAG